GAUCCCGAGGACGUCUGGCGCCAGUUCGAGAACCUCCUCGCCGACGGCCAUCGCCCGACGGUGAAGACGUACACGUCGCUCCUCUCCGCGCUGGGCGACGUGGGCGCUCCGGAGGACGCCGAGGAGGUGCUCGCGCGCAUGCGUGACGCGGGCGAGGUACCGGACGCGCGGGCGUACAACGCCGCCGUCCACGCGUGGUGCGCCAACGGCAAGCCCGCCAACGCCGAACGCCUCGUGGAGAAGAUGCUCGGCGACGGCGUGGCGCCCGACGCCGCCACCUACCCGGACAUCGUCGCCGCGUACGCGACGCUCGGCGACCUGCGACGGUGCGAGUCCAUCCUCGACAUGGAGCGCGUGGCGGAGCGCAAGGGCCGGGUCUCGCGCCCGGUCACCGCGUCGUACGGCAUGAUCAUCGAUCACUACGUCUCCGUCGGCGCCAUGGGUGACGCGCGCAGGCUCCUCGGGCAGAUGCAGUGGGAUAAGGUGGCGCCGUCCAUCGAGAUCUUCAACAUGCUCCUCAAGGGCUACCUCAAGUCUGGCAACGUGGGCGCCGCGCAGGACGUCUUCCGCGAGCUCGAGGGAUCCGGCACGUGGGACAUGGACUCGCUCGGGAUCAAACCCGACGUCACGUCCUACACCAGCCUGAUGGACCACUGGGCCAACCAGGGCGACGUCGACCUCGCCGAGAAGAUCCUCGCCAAGAUGGAGCUCAAGGGCGUCGCGCCCGAUGAGCGGACCUUCGGGUCGCUGGUCAAGGCGUACGCUCGCGGGCGUAACCCCGAGGGAGCGGAGAAGGUCCUCGAGCGCAUG